UUUUGUGAUGAACCAGAAGAGAGAAGACCGACAGGGCAGUGUAGUUAGCUGUAUAGGUAGAUAAUCGCUAGUUUUUCUCGAAAUUAUAAAUUAAGGAAGAGGGGAUUAUUAUUACCAUUAUUAUAAAUAACGACUUUACCGGAAGUUUCUUUGAUCAGCUAGCUUUUAGGGAUCAGUUGAGUCAGUUAAGCUAGCUAGCUAGCGCGUGAGCCGAGCGGCUAAUAAAGCUGCUUUAGAUUAAACAUUAAAUCAACAGAUACUCGAACAAAUCAGGGGUAAGGCUGCAUCGGUCUUUCACUCUGCACAACAAAGGGCAAACCGCCUUCGUGUUAACACAGACUUCAGGGUGAAAACUUUUCCACGAGCGUCCUCCGGUUUACUUGUUCAGAAAAGCUGAAAGACUCGCGCAGACCAGCCAGGAGACGCCAAAUUGUCAUGGAAAUUAAACAACACUCGCAGACUCAGCCUCUGAAGGAUCAAGCCGACAAGAGCGAGAAGAACAUGAGCUCCCCCUCAACUCAAAAAGUCGUGCUGAAAAGCACCACCAAGGUGUCGCUGAACGAGCGGUGAGGCUCCACGCAUCCUGACAGCACUAUCUCAAGCCCCGGGGGGAGAAAAACAAAACAAUCAUGCAGAGAUACUUAAGGCACGGUGCAGGAAGCCAUGCUCUGUGGAGGUCAAUGAGGGGAGAUACCAGAGCAGAGCAGAACGGGCGCGGACGCCAGGCUGCUCGCGGUUUGUGCACUGCUCACCUAACAUGGCUCCGGACGCGCGUACGUGCCGCGCCGUGCAGGAGACCUGCUGACGGGCUUUCCGUCACGUCGGCCAUCUUGCGUAAGCAGUGCACACCCUGAGGUGAGAGGGGGAAGUGUAAUCAUGGUGAGGCGCUCAGCCCGUGCCCCGACGUGACCCGCUCCCAUCACCCCCUUCCCCUGUUUCCCUCACGAGCCUCUCGCAGCAAAAAAAAAAGUCCAGAGGUCACGGUCCGGGCUGUAAGUGGCCGAGUUGCCAGACACCCCUCUUAAGUCCUGGUCCGCCUUCCGUCUCGUGUCGUCCGAGUCUGACGACGUGAAGACGGCGGUCCGUAAGUGGCAGCGACUCUGAAAAUCCUCCUUCUUUCACGUCUUCGUUCUUGCUGUAAUCUGCCUCUGUUUGCUCUUCUCCCUCGCUUUUAGAAGUUGACAGGCUUUUGGUUGAAAUGUUGGGGUGUCACCAGACUUUACCAAGAGAGAGUGUAAUGAAGGGGGGGGAGAGAAAAAGAAAAAAAAGAGAGCGCCUGAUAAACAGGCCGUCAGUGAAUUGCUACAGGUUCCCCUGUGGCUACGUCCAUGGUGUGUGAAGUGAUUUGAUGUGGAAACCUCCUUUCCUCGUAUCCCCCUCUCCUCUAUCUAUCUCUCUCUCUCUCUCUCUUUCUAUCUCUCCCUCUCUUUGCUCUCCGCUCCUUUCGGUUGCGUCCCACAAGCUUCACAAACAUGAUGAAGAACAAGCAGCCGACCGCCGUUAGCAUCCGGGCGACGAUGCAGCAGCAGCACAUGGCCAGCGCCAGGAACCGCCGCCUCGCCCAGCAGAUGGAGAACAGGCCGUCGGUGCAGGCAGCACUGCAGCACAAACAGAGCCUGAAGCAGCGGCUCGGGAAGAGCAACAUCCAGGCACGUCUGGGCCGGCCCGUCGGCCCGCUGAUGCGAGGAGGCGCCGGGGGGCGUGGCUUCGGCGUGGUAGGAAUGCGCGGAGCUACACGAGGCCUCAGAGGACGAGGAAGAGGAGGUCCUAUGAGAGGAGCGCUGGCUUUUAGAGGUCAGCUAAAGGGCAGAGGUGGUCCAGGGCGUCUGGGUAUUCGCAGGGGAAUGCGUCAGCGUGGGGGAGCCACGGGUCGAGGGGCCGCUCUGAUUGGACGUGGAGCCGCACGCGGAGGAGCUGGAGCCCGAGGUCGUGGAGGGCUGCGUGGACGAGGCGGUUUCCUUGGAAGAGGCCGUGGUCGAGGUAGAGGCAGAGGAACGGGACGCCCUGCUGUCACCAGGGAACAGCUGGACAAUCAGCUGGACGCCUACAUGUCCAAAACCAAGGGACAUCUGGACGCAGAGCUGGACGCCUACAUGGCCCAAGCUGACCCAGAGAGCAUGGAGUGAUCUGCACAUGCACGCCCUGUUCGGCAUCUCGUCAGUUAGGCAUAUAGUUACAGGCCUUUUUUUUUUUUCCCCCCCUGAACGUCCAAUUUAAUAAAACUGCUAUUUACACUGAACUUUCUACAAAGUGAUGAUAUAUCUAUAUAUGUAUACACAGUGAGAGUUGGAUGUACCGUCAGAUGUUAAGCUCCUUAAGCUUUCUGAUUUAGAGCGUAGGCUCGUUUAGUGUUCACGCAGCGCCAAUAGAAAUGCCGAUUGAAGGAUCGUGGACGUUUCCAUCCACACUCUAAAACCCCGUGCCCUGUAACUAGGAGUUCUGCCCCUGACAUGGACCCUCAGUAAACAGACUUUUUACCCUGUGAGUUUUAUUGAGCCGGACUAUGGGGAAAUUUAUUAUUGGUCUACUCUAAAACCCAAUCAGAUUUGUUCUGGCACAUGAUGUCCCUGGAUACACUGUGCCACAAACACGCUUCCUCUCCAUCUUAUGAUAUUUUAUUGUGAUUUUUAACGGUCAUGUUGUAUUCAUGAACUCCUCACAGUUGUUGAUGACUGCAGUUGUUUUGUGUUUAACAAAAAAAAACAGUCCACUACAAAACACCUUGGUCUAUUGUAAAUCUACCGCUGUUUUUACUUUGUCUUUUAAUAAACAUUGGCCUUGAUGGACAACAAA